AUGGAUUGCAGAUUGUUUGCUUUAGUGUGCUUAGCCGCUGCGGCUUAUGGAGCGGAUAAAGGAUUGCCAAGUUACGUUAAAGUCUGCGACCGCAAGAAUUCAGACAUCGUGUCGUGUUUGAAAGAAUCUUUCGGCAUUGUAUUUAGUCACGGCGAUAAGGGAAUACCGGAAAUGCAUAUAAGACCAUUCAAUCCAAUCUUGUUGGAUAAGUUGAGUAUUCUCGAAGGGAAUAGCGGGAGCGUAAAUCUCGAUGCGCAGUUGACUGAUGUGAAACUGUACGGAAUCAAAGAUUCGACACUCGAGUCGAUUGAUAUUGAUUUCGAAUCGGGUGCUUACAAUUGCGAAAUCUUCACACCCGCUGUUUACUUGGAAGCUAAUUUUGGAGCUAAGGGGAAAAUACUUUUGCUUGAGUUUAAUGGCAACGGUAUUUUCCGUGGAAAUAUGACUGGUGUCCGCACUAAGGUGAAAUACACUUUCGAAUCUUACGAGAAGAAAGGUAAAGAGCAUUGGAAGCUUGCCAACAGUAACUUCGAUUGUAUCAUUGACAAUUUUGCUAUCAAUCUGGAAGAGUUGUUCGCCGAUAAUAAAGAUUUAAGCGAGGCGGUGCAAGCAGCUCUUGACGAAAACAUUCAAAUUGAAUUGCAACCGGUUAUAGUCAAUACAAUUGAAACGGUUGUAAAUGAUAUCGUUACCCAUGUUUUUGACAAAUUCCCACUUGACGUACUACAUCCUAAAUAA